UUCAAAAUAUAUUGGGGAAUUUAUUUGGGAUAUUUGGUUCCUUCCACGGUUGGAGUGGAUGGUCACCUUGGGGUAAGUGUUCCUCUACCUGUGGAGUGGGAUAUCAAACCAGAACAAGAUACUGUCACACACAUCACCAUCAUCACACUUGUCCUCCGGGAGGAACUACAUACCAAGUUUGCACGACACCAUGUGGAGGUGGUUGGAGUCCGUGGAGUAGUAGUCCGUGUAGUAAAUCAUGCGGAGGGGGCAUAUCGACGAAAUACCGAACCUGCACCAAUCCAAUUCCUUUAUUUGGAGGACAAGGAUGUAGAGGAAAAUCGGUGCAUAUUGUCUCGUGUAACACUCAUUCUUGUGCAGUUAAUGGUGCUUGGUCCAGUUGGCAGAACCCUUCUCGCUGUACUGUUUCAUGCGGAGGGGGAGUAAGAAUACGAACCAGAAAAUGUAACAACCCUUCACCAUCUCACGGAGGAAAAACGUGUCGGGGAGUGUCGGUUCAUACCGAAUCUUGCAACACCCAGUCAU